AUGCAGCGCGUCAGGGUGUACCACUUGAAUGAAAAUGGACACUGGGACGACAAGGGCACGGGCGUCAUCAAGGUGGAGACAGCAGAGGUGCGACAUGCGCUGGGGAUCCGAUGUCGUGCUCCAUGGGCUGGCGACCAGGGUGAUGGUUCAUCGGUGUGCACCUUGAAGCUCGUCUGUACGAGUGCCUCUCCCCGGCCUCAUCGUCGACCAAUGCUCCCCCCGCAGCACCCCACUUCCGAUGUGCACCUCAUCAUCGAGGACGACACCGAUGCAUCCCGCCUGCUCAACCACACCGUCACCCAGGGCACCUCCUACCAGCGACAGAAGGGUGCGCGUCUUGGGAUGUAUGGUUGCGCAGGGAGAUCAGAGGGCUGCAGGCAUGUGCGUCGACCCCCUGUGCAUCCCUGCAUGUGGCUUGGAUGCUGCGACAGGGGGCAAUGUGACUGUGGGUGGCACACAUCCGUGCAAACACUGUUUGUUCGCGCAGCGUUUGCAUCCUACAAGCAGCUGCUCCAGCGUCGCCCCGCCCCUCACUCCGCAGACGACAGCAUCAUCUCCUGGACAGAGGCGUCCAGCGGCAUCGAGAUCGCGCUUUCUUUCCAGGAGGCGUUCACCUGCACGCAGGUGUGGGCCGAGAUCCAGAGCGUCCAGGAUGCGGGCCUGAGUCCUCGAGCUCAGGCUGCAAAACUGCAAGAGUCUGCGGGGUUGAUGCACGGCCCCCACCUCCCGCUGGGCCCCGGGCAGUCCCCUGCGGGCCAGGACCCCCCCCCCGAGACCGGCCCCUUCCCCGCGCACGGCGCCGACCUCCCCGCCGCGGAGCUGGGCAACCUGCCCGCCAUCGCUCGGUCCCUGAGCGAGGCCUCGGUCUUCCAGCGCGAGCGCCUGGUGCACCAGCUCUCCGCCCCCGGCUAUCUGGGCCGCCUGGUGGGCCUGUUUCGUGUGUGCGAGGACCUCGAGGAGGAGGAGUCGCUGGCGCAGCUGCACGUCGCGCUGCGCGCCGCCAUCAUGCUGAACGACGCCGGCCUGAUCGAGGCGCUGCUGAGCGAGCCGCUGGUCAUGGACGUGGUAGGCGCGCUGGAGUACGAGCCCGGGGUCGCGCCGGCGGCGCGUCCCCGCCACCGCGAGUGGCUGCGCGACCGCGCGCACCUGCGCGAGCCGGUGCCCAUCGCCGACCCGGGCGUGCGCGCCAAGAUCCACGACACCUACCGCCUGGGCUACGUGCGCGACGUGGUGAUGCCGCGCUUCCUGGACGACGCGGUGCUGGCCACGCUGCGCUCCCUGGCCCUGUUCAACUCGGUGGAGGUGCUCAUGGCCCUGGCGGCGGACGCCCACGCCUUCCCGGCCCUCUUCGACAAGCUGCGCGGCGCGAAGCCGGGGGGCGGCGACUGGGCGGACGGCGUCGGCUUCCUCCAGGAGCUGGCCUCCCUGGCCAAGCACCUGCAGGCCUCCCAGCGCACCACUCUGUUUGGCAAGCUGGCUGACCUCGGGCUGUUUGAGGUCAUGAUCCGGGUGCUGGAGCUGGGCGAGCCGGAGCUCCACCUGCGCGCCACCGACAUCCUGCUGUCCUUCAUGCACGGUCGGGGCUGCGGCAUGCAGGAGCAGGUGUUGGAGCUGCUGCGCAUCCUGCUGGACCCCGACACCAUGGAUGCGUCCGUGGAGCGCGACGCCUUCAUCGACUCCUUCUACGAGGCGCACGCGGGGACCCUGGUGGGCGCCCUGGUCGCCGCGACGAGGGGCGGCGGCGUGGCGGCAGAGAGCGCAGGGGCGGCCGACACCGGCGACGCGCCGACGACCAGCGCACACACGCUGGGACUGAUCGUGGAGCUGCUGUGCUACUGCGUGACGCAGCACUCCUACCGCAUCAAGUACUACAUCCUGCGCAACAACGUCGUCGAGAAGGUGCUCCGGCUGCUGCACAGGAAGGAACGCUGGCUGGUCGUGGCUGCCAUCCGCUUCCUACGCACCUGCCUGGGAAUGAAGGACGAGUUUUACAACCGGUACCUGGUGAAAAACGGGUUGCUGGAACCUGUCAUCGCUGUGUUCCUGGAAAACGGCAAUCGGUACAACCUGCUCAACUCUGUGGUGCUGGAGCUCUUUGAGUUCAUGUGGAGGGAGAACAUGAAGGGCCUGCUGGGGUACGUGGUGGAGAGCCCGAGGUGGCCAGAGCUCCAGGCCCUGGACUUUGCGCCCACAUUCAGGAGGCUGUCGAUGAAGCAUGACCAGAACCAGGUGGUGUGCCGCCUGCGGCAGGAGGUCUUGUGUACCUGGGCUGCCUGUCCUAUCCCUGGCUGUGGAUGGGCUUUGAGCCUUGGUCAUUGCUCGAAGAAACUCACCUUCGUAACCUCACACCAACAGGAACGGAGCACCGGCUCUGCGGCUGCGCCAGCGGGAUCGGGCCCUGGCAGCGAGGCCGGGGGGGGAGUGUUCCUUGGGCAUGCCCGGGCGGCAGCCGCCGCUCAGCAGCGGCGAAUACGUGAGUGGGGUCAGGGAGAGGGGGAGGGGGAAAGGUGA